AUGGCUUUAGGGUUAUUCAUGGUGAAUUUCCCUGCAGUGAUUGAGUCUGGAUCUGACUCCAAAUUAUGCAUAACUCUUCUGAAACCCCAAGAGAGCCUCACAAUGACAGUUUCUCUGCUUGGUGAGAAAAACAAGACGACUCAACUUGUGAAGCAUGUUUCUUCAACGGUGUUUCACCGCUGCUUUUGCUUCCAGGCUCCUCGGGUCGACGGAGAAUCGGUGCAGAAGCUGAAGGUGGAAGUUCAAGGGAAGGUCUUCAGAGCGACCGAAGAGAGCAAAAUCAUGUUUAAACGUUACCUAUCUUUGACCUUCAUCCAAACAGACAAACCUAUUUACAAUCCAGGACAAACGGUUAAUUUCAGAGUUGUCACCAUGGAUCCCAAAUUUGUGCCUUUUGAUCAAAUGUACAAUCUGGUUGUGGUGGAGGACAAAGAUAAUAACCGGAUUGGUCAGUGGACAAACGUUUCCUCAACGGGGUGGAUAUUGCAGCUUUCUCACGAGUUAAACCCAGAGGCUCAGAUGGGGAUGUACACACUAAAGGCUUUUAUUGCCGACCGAGAAAUCUCCCAAGUUUUUGAGGUGAAAAAAUACGUUUUGCCCAAGUUUGAUGUGACCGUAAACACGCCACAGACAUACAGUGUUGCAGUUAUGGGACUGAAAGUUGAGGCUUGUGCCAAAUAUACAUUUGGCCAACCUGUACCUGGUCAAGCCUUAGUGGAAGUGUGCCGUGAUCCAUUUCCAUACAAUCAGCUUCAUAAUUUGACCAGACAGUGCCUGAAUCAAACAGCAAAGAUGAAUGCCACCGGCUGUGUCUCUCUUACCGUCGAUACAUCAGUGUUUUUCAACACCAAAUUUGAAGACCAGAUGCAAGACACAUUUCUUGUAAAUGUGAAUGUUACUGAGGAGGGAACAGAUGUAAUGAUGUCAAAAUCUGCAAUGCUGUCCAUUACGUUUGAAGUCGGCAAAGUCACGUUUGUGGACCUCCUGGUUCCUUAUUUUGAACCUGGAUCAUUGAUUAAUGGAAAGAUCUCCGUGACUCGUUUUGAUAAGACUCCAAUUGCAAACAAAGCUGUGUAUCUCUUGGAUGGUAACAACUGGCCCAACAAACCGCUGUUGAAUCUAACCACAAACGAGAACGGACUGGCUGCGUUCUCCCUCAACACUGUUGAUCUUCCUAAGGCUGAUCUGAAUCUGCUGGCGAGUGCGACUCCAGAGGUUUUUUAUGGUUAUAAAUCGCCAUACUUCACUACAGAUACGAAGGUUGUUCAGCUUCUCCAACCUGUUUCUCCUGACAACCCAUCGUUUAGUGAACUGACUAUAGUGAAGCUCAAACAGCCGCUCAAAUGUGGUGCUUCGUUUCCGGUGACCGUGGAGUAUUCAUUUGUUGGAGAGGCUGGUAGCUACAGCGCUGACAUAAUCUAUAUGGUCUUAUCCAGAGGAGUGAUCGUCCUCCAUGGAUUUCAGACGGUCAAAGCAAAGGCUUGUGAUGCAGUCACAAGCGGCUCCGUGACGUUCCAGUUGUCUGUCAGCGUUGAUAUGGCUCCAGCAGUGCAGAUUCUGGUCUACAGCGUUCUUCCCAGUGAGAAUGUAGUUGCUACUAGUGUGUCGUUUGACACGGAUACGUGUUUCCAGAAUCAGGUGUCUCUGCAGUUCUCUCCAGCUACGGCUGUUCCUGCGGAGGGAAACGUUCUGACUGUUUCUGCUCAAGCAGGAUCUCUGUGUGGCCUCAGUGCUGUAGAUCAGAGCGUCCGGAUCAUAGAGCCAGGAAGACGUCUGAGUGCUGAAAGGGUGUUCAACUUACUCCCAGUGCGAUCAUUACCAAAUUAUCCAUAUGAAGUUGAGGAUGAACAGGAAUGUCUGCGUUUUCGAGCCCGUCGAGAUAUUUCUGCAGACCAAACCUAUGAAACCUUCAAGAGUGUGGGGAUGAAGGUCACAACUAAUCUGCCUAUCAGAGUACCUCAGUGUCUGAAGUACAAGGGCCUGAAUUUUUAUCGCAACUUCCGUGACGCCAAGGCAUUGGCUUCUCCAGUAGCAGAAAGUGCUGGAGGCGACACUUCCUCUUUUGACGUGACUGUCAGGACUUACUUUCCAGAAACCUGGUUCUGGCAGCUUGCUCAAGUGGGAGCCACUGGAUCAACACAAGUUCCUCUUACGGUUCCUGACACCAUCACCACAUGGGAGACGGAGGCGUUCUGCCUGUCCUCGAAAGGUUUCGGUCUGGCUCCUCCUACUCUGCUGACGGUCUUCCAGCCCUUCUUCCUGGAGCUCUCCCUGCCAUACUCUGUCGUCCGUGGGGAGUCUUUUGAUCUGAAGGCCACAGUCUUCAACUAUCUGUCUAAGUGCAUCAUGGUUAAAGUAACUCCAGCUUCAUCCACGGCCUUCACUCUUAAACCAUAUGCUGAUCCGUAUUCAUCCUGUCUUUGUGCCAAUGAGAGAAAGACCUUCAAAUGGAGUCUCUCAGCUUCUGUUCUCGGAGCUGUCAAUGUGACUGUCAACGCUUCAGCUGAACCAUCCAGGACUCGAUGUGGCACUGAGGUCGUGACCGUGCCGACGAGAGGACGCAUUGACGUAGUCACUCGAAGUCUAAUUGUCCUGCCAGAAGGAGUUGAAAGGACAAGUGCCCAGAGUUGGUUACUGUGUCCAAAAGGAAAAGCUCUUUCUGAAGAUGCGACUCUGAUAUUUCCAAAGAAUGUGGUUCAGGGAUCAGACAGAUGCUCCGUUUCAGUCCUCGGGGACAUAAUGGGUCGUGCACUGAAAAAUCUGGAUGGGUUAUUACAAAUGCCAUCUGGCUGUGGAGAACAGAAUAUGAUUAUUCUUGCUCCCAAUAUUUACAUCCUGCUGUACCUUGAAGUCACAGGGCAACUUACCGCAGCCAUCCAAGCGACCUCCACCAGAUACCUUCAGAGAGGAUACCAAGGACAACUAAACUACAGGCACAGUGAUGGAUCAUAUAGCACAUUUGGUUAUGAUGCAUCCAAUACAUGGUUGACUGCCUUUGUCAUGAGGUCUUUUGGUCUAGCAAAGCGCUUCGUCUUCAUCGAUCCGAAUGUCCUUCAGAGUGCACAGGACUGGCUAAUAAGCCAACAGGGUUCAAAUGGAUGCUUCAUGCAACAGGGAAAUUUGUACCACAAUGAAAUGAAGGGUGGAGUUGGUGAUAACGUGACCAUGACUGCUUACAUUGUUGCAUCGCUACUUGAAAUUGGCAUCCCUAUCACAGAUCCUGUCAUUACCAAUGCUCUAUCAUGCCUGAGGCCUGUCGUUGGGAACCUGGGUAACACUUACGCCACGGCUCUGCUGGCCUACACUUUCAGUCUGGCCGGAGAGACCACCACUCGAUCACAGCUUCUAACAACUUUGAAAGACCUAAACAUUUUCGAAGCAUCUAAGGUCCACUGGUCUCAAACUACAUCUGGUAAUACUCUGGCGGUGGAGAUCAGCUCUUACGUGCUGCUAGCAGUUCUUGCUGUUCAGCCUCUCACGACGGCUGAUCUAAGCUAUGCUAACCGCAUUGUCAACUGGCUGGUGACCCAGCAGAAUCCCUAUGGAGGGUUUUCCUCCACCCAGGACACGGUGGUGGCUCUUCAUGCCCUGUCUGUGUACGCUGGUCAAGUCUUCAGCUUGGAUGGCUCCAGCACUGUAACCGUACAGUCCUCAGUAGUAGGAGAAGACUCUUAUAGCUUCGACGUGAAUCGGGACAACCGGCUGCUGUAUCAGGAGAAGCCACUGAAGAAAGUUCCAGGCAAAUAUAGUGUUAAAGCAACUGGAACCUCUUGUGUUUUUGUGCAGGUUGCAUGUUUCUACAACAUCCCGACACCGGUUAAAGACACCAAGACUCUGAGCGUCAAAGCGAAGGUGACUGGAGACUGCCAACCACUUGGGGCCAAUCUCAUGUUGAACUUCACCGUGACCUACAAUGGCGUAAAAGCAAGCACUAACAUGGUUCUUGUGGACAUUAAGCUCCUGACAGGCUUCACGGCAGAUACAUCACUGCUUGGUUCUCCACCCCAAUCAUUCGCUCCGCUAGUGGAGCGUGUUGAUGCUGCAGAUGAUCAUGUCCUAGUGUAUCUGAAAGAGGUUACCAAAGGUGUCCCCAUGAGUUACGCACUACAGCUGAAACAGGUUCUUGAUGUGAAAAAUCUCAAGCCAGCAGUCAUCAACGUUUAUGACUACUACCAGACAAGUAAUUCGUUUGAGACAACCUACACGUCCCCCUGUUCAUGCACCCAGCACUGAAUGGUUACAGGCCACACAACUUAAAUUAAAACUGCUUUUAUACAAUUA